AUGGCUUCCUUAUCGCGAACCACCAGCAGGGGAAGUGUUGAUUCCAAUCACAUCUCCGUUACCGGAUCUCUGGAUGGUGAUCCACAUGAGAAAAUUAUAGACAAACUUGCUCCUGCUUCUCCUUCUCCAGCCAACUCCUCUAAACCACCACCUUCGCUGGCAUCUACGGGACGUGUCCCUUCACAUUCACUUCUCUCCGCGCCCAACAAUGCCGCCGCACCAAAUCGGAAGAGCCGAUUUGCGGAUGCCGGUACAAUUGGGGGUAGUAUAGGCAGAGCAAGCAUCUCUAUGCCCCCGCCCGCAACAAAGCCUUCUUCAAUAUACAGACCUGCAAGCUAUCGUCGUCCUACAAAUUUGUCCAGCGCCAUGGAUCCCAGGGAAGGUGAGACAGGAUUGGAUGGUACAAUGGAAGAGAAUCUUGUGGGUGAUUCUGCGGUGCUACAAAAUCUGGAGAAGACCACAAGUCUACCUGGCUCGCAGGGAGGCCUUGCCUCGGAAUCACACAGUCAGUUGGUUCUUGUAGAUUCCAGCCUGAAGCCUCCCAGCUCGGGCCUGAACAAGCCAGGCGACCGCUUGUCCUUCUCAUCGUUGUACUCUUUGGGAUCUGCCAUCUAUGGGGCAGCAGGUCUAUCUAGUGCACCUCAGAGUGCUGCAAGCUCUGCCGCUGGUUCAAUCAAAAGUGCGGUCUCCGAACAGCCAACGCCUACGCCUAUCUCCCCUUCUCUGGGGUCAGCCAAAGGAGAAGCUGUUGCUUCGGCUACGACGGCUACAGACCCUAUAUCAGUAAAUGCCAACUCUCCGCCACAGCAUCAAGUGCCUGUCAAUACUUUGAAGGAACCAGCGUCUAGUGCACCCAAUGCUGCUAAGCAACAUCUUGACUCUUGGAACUCAGGUCCGUUGCCAAGACCGCCCGCUCCCCGUCGAUCCCGAAGUCGAACGCAACAGAGACAGCCGAGUGGUAGCACCGUCGCAAGUGGCGCCCCCAGCCCUAGUAACAGUGAGCGAUCCAAAGUUGAACCGAUUGGACGAGUCGGCGUCUGUGCUCUCGAUGUCAAGGCAAGAAGCAAGGCGAGCCGGAAUAUCUUAACCCGCCUACAAGGCAAUGGAGAACUCGAUGUUGUCAUCUUCGGCGACAAAGUCAUAUUGGAUGAAGAUGUGGAGAAUUGGCCAGUCUGCGACUUUCUAAUAUCCUUCUUUUCGGACGGUUUUCCGCUAGACAAGGCUAUUGCGUAUCACAAGCUUCGCAAGCCAUUCUCGAUCAAUGAUCUUCCAAUGCAGAAGAUACUUUGGGAUCGCAGAAUAUGUCUGCGUAUUUUGGACAGCAUGGGUGUACCGACUCCCAAGCGAAUCGAGGUCAACAGAGAUGGUGGACCAACAUUAGAGUCCACUCAGCUUGCUGAGCAUGUCCGUGGUUUUAGCGGUGUCAAGUUGGAAGGUCCUGAUGAUGGCACCGGUGGUGGCAUGCCCACUACUCAAAAGGUGGAACUGAUCGACGAGGGCGAUACCUUACUUGUGGAUGGCGUAACUUUGAAGAAGCCCUUUGUGGAGAAGCCAAUCAGCGGCGAGGACCACAACAUUCGCAUCUACUUUGGCAAAAAACACGAAAGUGGUGGCGGUGGCAGAAAGCUAUUUCGAAAGAUUGGUAACAAAAGCUCGGAAUGGGAUAAGGACUUGAUCGUUCCGCGUGCUGUUAUGGAGAAGGACAGCAGCUAUAUCUACGAGCAGUUUUUACAUGUCGACAACGCGGAAGAUAUUAAGGCCUAUACGGUUGGACCAGAGUUCUGUCAUGCUGAAACGCGAACCUCUCCCGUUGUUGAUGGCCUUGUUCGUCGAAACACCCAUGGAAAGGAGAUUCGCUACAUAUGCAAUCUGAGCCCAGAGGAACAACUAAUGGCGAAGAAGAUUACGAACGGCUUCGGUCAACGAAUCUGCGGGUUUGAUAUGCUCCGAGUUAGAAAUCAAAGCUAUGUCAUUGAUGUCAAUGGGUGGAGCUUCGUUAAAGACAAUAACGCUUAUUACGAUAAAUGUGCGAGUAUCUUGAAACAGAUGUUUAUAACUGAAAAACAAAAGCGUGAGGGCGUCGCGCCAUUGGUGACGCCAAUUCCUGAAGAUAACUCUGAGAAAGGUCCGGCGGACAGGAAUCAGUCGGAGACAAACUUACUCCACCGGAAAAAUACUGUGGGGACACACCGUUCUGCCCUGAAAAAUCUGAUUAAGUCACCAAGCAUGUCUAAGAUGAGAGGUCUUCAUCACCCUGGCCAGUCCACCCACGGUGCUACUUCUCCAGAUCUCACCCCAUCUACAGCGCCACUUUCGUCGCCACCUACCUUCGAACGCGGCCAGAAGCCUGUGCUACCGAACCCUCCAACGGGCAAUGUUGAUGCGCUUCCAUCCCCAGCCGUAUCGGUAGAACAGCCUCUAGUAGCACCUGUUUCGGUGUCAACUUUAGCAGAGAAAGAGCCAGCGGUAGCUGUUCCUGAGCCAUCCUCGAAACAUGCCUGGAAGCUAAAAGGGAUGGUAUCUGUAAUCCGGCAUGCCGAUCGCACACCAAAGCAGAAAUUCAAGUUCACCUUUCAUACUCAGCCUUUCGUUGAGCUGCUCAGAGGCCAUCAAGAGGAAGUCCUAUUGAAGGGUGAAGCCGCCCUCAACAGUGUCCUAGAUGCCGUUAAGGUUGCUCUGAAGCAGGGUGUAGAAGAUCCUGAAAAAUUGAAUUUGCUGAGGACGUCGCUCGCGCGCAAAGGAGCAUGGACUGGGACAAAGGUUCAGAUCAAGCCCAUGUUUCGUAAAAGGAAGCCUAAAGAAAUCACAAGAAUCCGCAGCCAGAUCGAAGAGAGCGAUAAUCCUGCGGCUAUCCUGGCUGCAGAAGGACUCACCGAGGAACCAGAAAGCGACUUAAAACCUGUGUCACGCCCACCAACGAGAAGCGACUCAAUGACGGAAACGACACUUUCACGAUUUUCUGCUGCGGAAAAUGACUUGGUCAUAGAGAAGUUGCAACUCAUCGUCAAAUGGGGUGGAGAGCCAACCCACUCUGCUCGCUAUCAAUCGCAGGACCUGGGCGAGAACAUGAGGAACGACCUCCUGCUGAUGAAUAAGGAGUCUUUGGACGAUGUACGGGUAUUUACAAGCUCAGAGAGAAGAGUCAGCACCAGCGCGCAAAUCUGGGCGGCGUCUUUCCUGAACAAAAAGGAAGUUUCUGAAUCGUCAAUCACUGUCCGCAAAGACCUGCUCGAUGACUCGAAUGCCGCCAAAGAUGUCAUGGACAAAGUCAAGAAGAAGCUGAAGCUCUUACUCCGAGAGGGUCACAAGGCGCCGCCCCAAUUUGCAUGGCCUGGCAACAUGCCGGAGCCGUCGGUUGUCGUACGCAAGGUUGCAGAACUCAUGGUAUUCCAUCGAAAAGUGAUGCGAUACAAUUUCAAAAAGCUCAAUGGCGGUGCGGCCGCGUCAUUAAGUGCCUUAACCAAAGUUGGAGAAGCCAGCGCACCCAUACCCGUCCCAGGAUCUGGUGGAUCUCUCGCCCAGGCUCAAGCGGUGGCAGGCAUACAAUCCAGAUGGUGCUGCGGAGAAGAUCCGGAGCUCUUCAAAGAGCGAUGGGAGAAGCUGUUCUCUGAAUUCUGCGACUCUGAAAAGGUCGAUCCCAGCAAGAUUUCCGAGCUCUAUGAUACUAUGAAGUUUGACGCCUUGCACAACCGGCAGUUUUUAGAGUGGGUUUUCACGCCUGAUGCCAGUAUGCCUGAUGAAGAAACCACAGAAGGACCGAGGUUGCCCACGGAAGCUACUUCGGAACCUCCAACCUCCAAAAGCUCUCACAACAUCCUUAAGCAUAAGCGGAAAGGUAGCGGAGGCGAGAAGAUGGUCGACGCACCCGCCGACAAGCCCCCCAAUCCCAAUCUAGCGCAUCGCAUGGGCCUACGCCGAAGGUCGGUUAUGAACCCUCCGUCACCACAGCCUGAAAUAGCGGAUGAAUCCGGAGAGUCUUACUUCAAGCUAUACAAAGGCACCGGUCAAAGCAAAGCGAAAUGGGAUGCUCGACUCGAGAAUCUGCGAGAGCUCUAUAAACUAGCUAAGGUGCUCUUUGACUUUGUGUGUCCCCAAGAGUACGGUAUCAGUGAUGAGGAGAAGCUGGAGAUCGGUCUCUUGACGUCUCUGCCCUUAUUGAAAGAAAUCGUCAACGACCUGGAAGAAGUGCAAGCUUCGGAAGAGGCCAAAUCAUUUGUCUACUUCACUAAAGAGUCACAUAUCUACACUCUUGUCAAUUGCAUCCUCGAAGGUGGAAUCAAGACGAAGAUCGAGAGAAAUGCAAUUCCAGAAUUGGAUUACCUUUCCCACAUAACUUUCGAACUGUACGAGUCCGAGGACAAAGACGCAGAUACUUUUACCUACAGCAUCCGUAUCACGAUUACUCCUGGUUGUCAUACCUUCGAUCCACUAGACGUCCAGCUCGAUUCGAAGCAUUCGAUUGGUUGCGCGCCAAGGCGAAGCCUGACCACGCAUAUGGAUUGGAAGGAGGUCAUUGAAACGUUGCGAGCGAGAUUCCACACGGUGAAACUACCGAAGAGCUUCCUUGCCGUCAAUGUCAGCGACAGCCAUUCUAGUGAUGCGAGCAGAAUCGAUACCGAUACCGACGAGCAAGCCAGUAAUGCCUGA